AGAGAAGCCACACAACAAAAACCCAACAACAUCGACAUCAUGUCUCUCAAGUGGAUCACACUGUGUGCCCUUGUGGCACUACUCAGCAUCGGCACCGGCAGCUGGGCCAAGCCGGGUGCCAGACAGAGGCACAGGACCAUUCAGGCACGGCCCAGCAAGGAGCAGGUACCCCAGAAUCUGCUGUACUAUGCCGAUGCCAUCGAUGAUGAUGAUCAGGAUCAGGAUGAUAUCCGCGAGCAUGAGGAGGAUAUUGACAAUGAAGCAGCCAAGGGCGACGAAGAGGAGGAGGUGAACGAUGCCAACCAGGAGCUGCUUGACCUCAAGGCAGAGCAGCAGCAGCCGGAGGAGGAGGAGGAAGAGACUGCAGAUGAUCUGCAAAAGGCCGAUGAAGAUGCCAUCGAUGAGCAGGAGGCCAACGAAGUGGUAGAGCAGGUCCUGGAGCUGGUUCGCCCCGAGGCACGCGCCCGUCGACGUGGAAGCCGUCGCGGCGGACGCCGAGGCCGCGGACGUCAGAAUCGCAGACGUGGCGGCAAUCGCCGUUGCGGUGGACGCGGAGGUCGUGGUGGACGUGGACGACGGGGACAGCGCAAACCGAACGUGUCCAGGCGCAACGGCAACAAACGACGAACGGGCAGCAACAAGCGCCAGUCACAAAGGAAACAGUCCAACAACAACAAGAACAACGAAAACAAGCAGCAGACUAGUGGAUCAACCAGCAGGCACAUAAUCGCGGCUUAAAUUCGUG